AUGGAAAUCGAAUAUUACAGCAAUGAUUAAGAUGAUCAAGAGAUGCAAGAUUCUAGUUAAUAUAUAUACCACUAGUUGAAUUAUGAGAAUUCUUAAAAGUCAAAUGAUUAAUCCACUUUGGAGGCAAUAAAUUAAUUGUAAAUUGGGUCAGCUGAUUCACUUUAAUCAUUACCUUACAAUUUUUAGUCAUAAACUUACAUGAGUGAGAGUUCUGAUGAGAAUAAAAAGGCUUCUAAAAAUUAAAUGAUUGCCAAACCAUUUGCUAUUGUAGAUACUUAAUCCGUACAAAGACCUAUUAGCGAAGAUAGAUUUUUUCACCUUCCCGGUGAUGUUUUGAUUGAAAUAGAUCAUAAAGACUCUAUAGAAUUUAGCGAUCGCUAGAAACAAAUAAAUUCUAUAGAAAAGAAGAUAAUAACUACGCUGCUUCAUCUAUAACCUGUUUAAUUUUCUACUAAUUAUAAGUACAUCUGCCAUCUUUUAGAUAAUACUCAAGACAAAGAAAAACAUGCUUUAUCUCUUAGAGUAAAGAAAUAUUAAGUAAUAGCCUAAGGAUUUAACUUUUUGAUAAAACACCUAAAAAAAACAUACGAACAAGAAUUGGAUAAAUUAAUUACUUUGUAAUAGCAAAGAGAAAUUUACAAACUUUAAUUUGUUCAAGAAUACAUCAAUAAAAAUUUUAGUAAGGAAGAUUAUUUUAUAAUUGGGGUGAAUGGAAUUGAUUUCAAUUAAGAAAACAUAUCGAUUAAAAACAUCUAAAUAAGUCAAAAGCUACUUAAUUUGAUUGGACUUAAAGAUGAUAAUAUUUCAUAUUUCGCUCUUAGAACAGGCGUCCUAGAUUACUGCAGCUCAGUAACUAGGCAGUAGAUAUUUAAUUGUUUCAUGGAUAAUUUUUUGAAAGUUAAAAAAGGAGAAAAGGUUCUUCUUAAAGAAAACUUACUGACUACUAUUGACGGAUUUACAAUCGUAGUUGAUGUUUUUGUGUGGAACAUAUUUUGUUAAUUCCCUCCCGAACUUUAAUAUCAUUCUAAUUACCCUAUCCCUAAUGAAAUAGAAGCAAUAUUUGUUACAAAAGUUUAGAUCAACUAGAGUCAUAUCAACCACCUCAAUACAUUACGUAAAUAAGUUUAAGGAGAAUAUUAAAAAAAGAAGAAGCAUUCGUAACUUAAUAACUAUGGAAAAGAAGACUUUCAAUAUGCUUUGGAAACUUAAAUAUUCAUGGAAAAGUUCUACCCUGAGGAAUAUAAAUAAUUCGAAAAAAUCUAAAAAGAGCAAUAAAAUGAGGAAAGACUCAUGCAUAGAGGAGAAUGCGGCUAUAGAGUAAUAAGCUGA